AUCAACAUCCAACCUUCUUCCCGAAUUUACCGCUUGCCGUGGCGGUAAUAGAAAGUGCUGCAAGAAUCCAUUUCACCUUCCUACUUCGCAUAGCAUUACCUUUCUUUCCUCUUUGUCUUCCGUCCUCUCAACAAUUAUUUGUGAGCAAUGGCGACUUUGCUCAGUCAACCUCACGGUGAAGCCAUCGGAUAUUCCUUCACUCAGCCAACGAGUGUUCCGAACAAAGAGCAUUCAUUCUACCCGUACACCGACAAUGGCGGUUCAACUUUGGGCAUCACUGGCUCCAGCUUCGCUAUCCUUGCUGGUGACACUCGGUCCGUUGCAGGCUACAACAUCAACUCUCGAUACGUUCCGAAAGUGUUCAAAAUCGGAGGUGAUGAUGAAACUGGCGAGGGUGCUCACAUUCUCCUGUCGGUCGUCGGCUUCGCCGCAGAUGGCCAAGCACUCAAAGAAAGGCUAGACGCUGUGGUAAAGAUGUACAAGUAUCAGCACGGGAAGUCAAUGUCCGUUGGAGCUUGUGCUCAGCGCCUGUCGACGAUACUCUAUCAGAAACGGUUCUUUCCCUACUACGUGCAUGCUAUUCUAGCAGGCUUGGAUGAGGAUGGCAGAGGUGCAUUGUACAGCUACGAUCCAGUAGGGUCGUACGAGAGAGAACAAUGCAGAGCAGCUGGGUCUGCGGCGAGCUUGAUCAUGCCAUUUUUGGACAAUCAGGUCAAUUUCAAAAACCAGUACAUCCCUGGCAGUGGUGAGGGCCAUGCUCUGGAGCCCAAGAGAGCAGACCCAUUGUCAAGAGAGACUGUUGAGGAGCUCGUACGAGAUGCUUUCACAAGUGCUGUUGAAAGGCAUAUUGAAGUUGGUGAUGGUCUACAGAUGAUGGUCAUUACUAGCGGAGGUAUAGAGGAGAUCUACUAUCCUCUGAAGAAGGACUAAAUUCAUGCGUGUUCCCUUGCCCCAGUAUGAUUGGCGAAUGAUAGCAGAAGUGGACGGCAUCCUUCCUUAGUAGUGGACUUAUUACUGAAUACAGGCUAUUUUCAAGUGAAUGUUGUGUCAUCGUCUCAUUGAAUUUUAUUGAAUCAGAUAUCACCUUUCCCACAACGCC